AUGGCUGGGGGUCAGCGCCUCCCAGGACUUUCCCCCUUAAUAGUCCCCCUCCUCCUCUUGGUGGUCGCCACAACUCGGGCAGACCGAGGGGCUGGGGUCGCCCCGGCAGCCCGCGGGCCACUUGCCCCUGCUCGCGGGCCGCCAAGGGUUGCCCGCGGGCCGCCAAGCGUUGCGGGUUGGAUACUCCGGCAGCGGCUCCCGCUCCAGCCCCGCUAUCCCGCCUACAUGAUGCGCUUAUACAGAGCGGCGACCGGAGGCGGAGAUGUCCCGAGACAGCACCGGACAGCGGUCAGAGGGGCGGACAAGAUCCUGAGUCUGGAGGCGGCGAGUUGGGCCUACAGAGGAGACAGGUGGGUGAUCCACUUUGAUCUCUCCUCCAUUUCCGGGCAGGACAGCGUACAGUUUGCUGAGCUUCGGCUGCACUUGUCCCAAAUCCCCGUCGGCACCAACGCAACCAUCACCAUCUAUCACAGCCGCGGGAGAGAGUGCGCGGGGAACCAGAGCUGCCAGGAUCGCUUCCUCCUGGGCUCCUUCACCGCUGACCCUUCCACCACCGAGUCCUCCUGGAAGGUCUUCAACGUGACUGGUCUCCUGGACGUGUGGACUGGCCUCGAGCCAAUCGAGAACGCUCAGGUCUCGCGUCCCCAUCGACACAUCGAAGCCCGAGACCACGAGGCGGGUGAGGAGCAUCUCAAGGUCAUCAGAGAAAAACUGGCUUCGGUCAAAGCCAAGAGAUCGGGCACCAACCCCACCACGCGCCCGUUUCUCCGAGCAAUGGCCGUGGACCAGGUGAUGAUGGUGGUGUUCUGCAAGAGGAACAGCUCGGAGGGGCUGGGCGCCCCCACGCUGCUGCGGACGGUGGAGAGCUCCAAGUUCAGGACCUCGGGCAAGGGGAACGAGGACGCCAGCGGCAAGCGGCACAAGCGCAACAAGAAGGAGCGCUUGGCCGAGGGCAACAGCACCUCAUCGCAGGCCGCGGGUCAGUCCCUGUGCCGGAGGAUGGACAUGGAGGUGAACUUUGACCACAUCGGCUGGGGGGAGUGGAUUAUCUACCCCAAAACCUUCAACGCCUACCGAUGUGGCGGCCUGUGCCCCUCUCCCGUGGAUGAGGUCUUCAUGCCCACCAACCAUGCCUACAUGCAGAGUUUGCUGCAGUCCUUCCACCCGGAGCGGGUACCUUGCACGGCCUGUGUGCCGGUCAGGCUCAGCUCCCUCUCGAUGCUUUACUACCGGGACUCGGAGGUGGUGUUGAGCCACCACAAAGACAUGAUCGUGGAGGAGUGUGGCUGUCGCUGA